UGUGAGUAGUCGCUUUCUGGAGUUUUAUUUUUACCGCGAUUCUUCCACAGGUUCACUUCUGGAAGGGUGCUGCGCAGCUGGACACGCGUCUGAGUCGCGCGCACAGUGACGCAGCCGGCGCACGGUGACGCGAGCGCGGCGAGGUGCACCCUGGGAUAUUUAACUCCUCUCCGCGGCGCGGAGCCGCGAUGUCUCCGGCGGCUGCGGCAGCUGGCGGAGGGGACCGGCGGCGCCCGGCAGCUAGUGUCAGGAAAGGCCAGGGCCAGGGCAGGGGCUGGGGCGCGCCGGUAGGGGCGGCCCUCCUCGGCCUGUCGGUGCUGGGCCUCGUGCUGUAUCUGGUGCCCGCUGCGGCGGCGCUGGCCUGGCUGGCUGUGGGGGCUACCGCGGCCUGGUGGGGAUUGAGCCGCGAGCCCCGAGAUUCGCGCGCCUUCUCCUCGCUCGUUCGGAACGCGCGCCGCCAGCGAACACUGCUUGCCUCGCCUCCGGCCAAGGCGGUGGUAAACGGCAGCGUUGUAGAGCCGCGGACACUGCUCCAAGGACCCGACCCCGCCGAACUGCUUCUCGUGGGCAGUUAUCUGGGCAAGCCUGUCCAACGGCCACCCUCAAGCCACACACGACCCCCACCGCCGGCUCACUCGGCCCAUCGCGAUCCCAUUCACCCCUCAGUCCACACACCUUUUAUCCGAACCUCUAGGAGGCCUUCCCGCUGGGACUGUGGGACUUCACCACACCAGUUUGUCAUAACACCUCGAAGACGAUACCCAAUCCAGCAGGCCCAGUAUUCCCGUGUGGGGGUGCUGCCCACGGUGUGCUGGAAUGGGGGUCACAAGAAGCCUGUGCCAUCUCCUCGUAAUUCCAGAAUGAUGUGCAGGCCUUUGACAGUGAGGAUUGCUCCUCCAGAUAGCAAACUGACUUAUUCUCCAAUAGCAGCACAGACCACCAGCUCAACACUGUCCUCACCCUCAAGUAAUGUCCCAGACCCAUGUGCAAAGGAGACUGUUUUGAAUGCGCUCAAACAGAAGAAGAAAAGGACAGUGCAGGAGGAGGAAGACCAAAUAUCAGCUGAUGGUCAGGAAAAUAAAAGAAGGCGUCAUGACAGCAGUGGGAGUGGACAUUCAGCAUUUGAGCCUGUGGUGGCCAAUGGAGUCCCUACUGCUUUUGUGCCUAAGCCUGGGUCUCUGAAGAGAGGCCUCAAUUCCCAGAGCUCAGACAGCCACUUGAAUAAGAGAUCCCGCACCUCUUCUGUGAGCUCCUCGACAAGCACAUACACAUGUGGCAUCCCUAUGUCCAGCCGCAAUGCCAUUACCAGUUCCUACAGUUCCACUGGAGGGAUCGCUCAGCUCUGGAAGAGAAGGGGUCCCAGUGCCUCACCCUUCUCCAGCCCUGCCUCAUCUCGUUCGCAGACACCAGAGAGGCCAGCAAAGAAAAUAAGAGAAGAAGAGCUUUCUCAUCAUUCUGGCUCUUCAGCUCCAUUGGUAACAGACAAGGAGUCCCAGGGAGAACAGGUUGCAGAUACAACCACAUGUAAGAAGCAGAACUCCUGGGAUUCUCCAUCUACACCCAGGAGCUCCGGGCUACGCAGACGGAAGGUUCAACUGCUGCCCUCCAGGCGAGGGGACCCACUGAUCUUGCCUCCACCUCCCGUGCUUGGUUAUUCAAUCACUGCUGAAGAUCUAGACUUGGAGAAGAAAGCAUCGUUACAAUGGCUUAAAAAGGUCUUCGAGGAUAAGACUGAAAUUGCCUCGAGCACUGUCACUGAGAACCCACCUGCCACUUCACCAGCUUCUACCCUCACCCUGCCUGCUGCUGGGACUGCCGCUUCCUCAGCCUCCCUCCCAGCCCCAAGUUCUAACCCACUGCUGGAGAGCUUGAAGAAGAUGCCGAACUUCCUGGGUCUACCAUCUUUCCCAGAAGCUGCUGGAGAGGCAACCACCACGGCCUGUUCGUCCCUGAAGACACCUGGCCUUCUGGGCCCUCUAGGCUCUUCACACCCAGAGCCCCUCCCAGGCCUCUCUUCAGACUCCAGAUCCACAGCCACUUUCUCGGGGCUGACCCCUGCCUCUCCCACAAUACCAGCCAUUGAUGCCACCAAGUCACCUCCAGCCCCUCAGGCUGAGACAUCUUCCAAGCCUCAGUCCCCACCUGCCCCAGGCCCCACCCUGCAGCCCAGUGUUCUGUUUGGAACGCUGAGCAGCCCACCUGCUAACCCUUCUGCCUCUGCAGCUCCUGCUGUGUCUUCAGCACCUGCCAUGUUCAAGCCAAUCUUUGCGGCUCCACCAAAAAGUGGGAAUGAGGGCCCUGUGCCAUCCAGCCCUUCCCAUGUCACAACAGUGGCAUCUUCCAGCUCUGCCCCCACCCCAACUACCAGCAGCCUCCCCCUCACUUUCAGUCCUGUCUUUAGCAGUACAGGGCUACCUACACCUGUGCGCUUGUCAACUCCCUUCUCUUUCACUCAGACAACUACUCCAGCCACUAGCACGAGUGCCCCUCUGUUACCUGCCCAGGCCAGUGUCAGUGUCCCCUCAGCAGUAGCUGCAACGGCUUCUGGGACCACCGCCAGCACAGCCACAGACUCUGUCCGGAAGCCUGUCUUUGCCUUUGGUGUGAGCAGUGUGACCAGCACUGUGACCAGCAUGACCAGCACCACUGCAUCCACUACCCAGCCUGUCCUCUUUGCAUCCCCCCCUGACUCUGGUGCCAGCUUUACCCCAGCCAUGGGCUCCAUAUUCCAAUUUGGCAAGCUGACUGCCACACCUGCUCCAACAACAGCCAUCACCUUUGGCCAGUCCGUGCCCAGCGCCGUCCAGACAGCUGCUGGCAGCAGCACCACUGGCUUUGGUGGCACCCUCACAACGUCUGCUCCCAUCGCCCUGAGCCAGCCUGCACCGACAUUCAACAGCACUACCACCCCAGCCUUCAACAUUCCCUUUGGUUCCGGCAUCAAGCCCCCCAUCCCAUCGUAUCCUGGAGCCAUCCUGCAGCCCACAUUUGGAGCUGCUGACGGGCAGGAGACGAGGGCUGCCAAGCCAGCCUUGGCCCCCAGCUUCGGCAGCUCCUUUCCUUUUGGAACCUCAGCAGCCCCGGCCCCACCUGCAGCUCCAGCACCGAUCCCACCCCAGCCAGCCUUUGGCAGCCCUGUGCAGUCAGGUUUUGGUGGGUUGAAACCUACACCUUCUGCCUUUGGCAUCCCCUCCAGCGCCCAGCCGGCUUUUGGCAGCACCACAGCUGUUUUCUCCUUUGGUGCAGCCACCACCUCGGGCUUUGGAGCUACAACCCAGACCACCAGCAGUGGGACCAGCAGCUCAGUGUUUGGCAGCACCACCUCAUCGCCCUUCACGUUUGGGGUGUCAGCAGGCCCCGCUGGCAGUGGGGGCUUUGGGAUGAACGUGGCUGCCCCCCACAGCAGCUCCACCGCUGGGGUGUUCAGUUUUGGGGCAGGACAGAGUGGGACCACUGGCACUACAACCCCUUUUGGGGGAGGCUUGAGUCAGAAUUCCCUGGGUGCACCUGGCCAGAGCACACCCUUUGCGAUCCAUGUGGGCAGCACGCCUCAGAACAAAUCCAUGUUUGCAGGCACAUCCACACCCACCUUUGGUCAGAACACCCCUGCCCCUGGGGUGGGCGCAUCAGGCAGCAGCCUCUCCUUUGGGGCGUCCUCAACACCUGCGCAGGGCUUUGCUGGAGUUGGAACCUUUGGAUCGCCGGCCCCAUCCUUUAACAUUGGUGCAGGAUCCAAGACCCCAGGGGCCCGACAACGACUACAGGCCCGGAGGCAGCAUAUACGCAAGAAGUAGCCUAUGUCCCUUACCCCACCCCAACCCCACCCCGGACCCCUUCUCCAGAUCUAGACUUUGGCUUCUGCUGGGAAGAGCCUCUGACCUGUUCCAUAAAGCAAACUGCAGAUCUCUGGCUUCAGCCUUCAGGGAGGGAGGGGCAGCCCUGGAGGCCAUCGCCCUCUCCUGGAGGAAGCAGAGCCUCAGGCUUUUUGCAGGAGGGGAGGCAGGAUGUGGCAGAGCAGAAGCCUGAUCGAUACCUUUCUUUACUUGAAUGGUUCCACUGGUGAGGCUGGACAGAAUCCAAGAAACAUCUGUAAUACGGUCCAGUUUACUUCCCCAACUUGUUUAGUGUAUAAGCUUCGUCAGGCGGCCUCCCUCUCCCCACCUGCCAGAGCCGUCUUCACUGGAGGGUGGUGGGUCCAGCGCUGGCCCACCUGCAGCAGCUCUGGUGUGCAUCUGAUGGGGUCAGGGAAGUGGGUUAUCCCUAAAGCUUUACUGUGCUUGGCCAGCAACUGGUUCUCCUCUGGUCCCUUAAGGGGACUUCUGUUUCCCCAUUUCUUGCUGCUUUGCCCCUCACUGGGUCCUUGUAGGAUCUUUUUAAAUGACCUUGAAUCUGGCUUUGCCUUGGAGUUCCCUGUGGGUGGUGCUGCCUGUGCUGUUCUGCUUCCUCCUGCCAAGUCCAGGUCACUGUUUUGUCCACAAACCUCUGCCAGUUUGGACCCUAAAAGCUUGGUGGCUCAAGACUGUUAGUCUGGCAGAUCCUGGGGCGAUGCCUCAAUCCAUGGAGGGAAGCCUUUGGGGCAGGCAGGGUGCCCGCCACCACUUUCACCUGCCACCUGGGCCCACCUUGCCACUGGCCUCACCAGGCUCAGCUGCCUCUCCGGAUUGUAUGUGUAAAGCUUUGUCCUGUUACUUUGUCUGACGCUGAAGUCUAUCGCUCUUUGAAUCGAGUUUGGAGGAAGAAUCGAAUUGUAUGAGUGGCGGCAUGUUGGUAAUGCCGGACUUACUGUUUCAAAUUUCUGGGGCCUAGAACUGAAUGUGGAAAGUAGCACCACUUUACAGCUAUUAAAUGGUGUUUGACUUUAAGGGCUGGCAGCCCAGGAACAUGGGGCCAAGGGGAAGGAAAGACCUCUUCUCUCAGCUGUUGCUCCCAUCUACCUGAACUCACUGUAGGCCAGAUUGCCCCGAGUAUGUUAGAAAACCACACUUAAAAAUUCUAAAAGUUUUCUUCCCUGUAGGGUCUCCAGCCCUUCCCCAUCUUCCAUCAUUCCAAAACCACACAUCCUGGGCCCGGGAGCCGUGCUGCCAUGCCCUACGUCUUUGGGAGAAGUAUGAAUGCAUAUGUCUAAAUUCAAAAAAGAAUAUUUAAACAUUUUUUAACAAUAAAAAUUUAUUUUUAUAUUU